UACCUGUCACUGUCAUUUAUUGGAUGUUGAUUUUCCGUGAAGAUUUUUGCAUAUUUUUAGUUUUAUUUCCAUAGUUUCUGAUUGACCUGUGCCUUGUGCUUUGAUUCAAUCAUGGCCCAAACAGCAGGCGUGAAGCCUAUGUCCAUUGCGGGCCGUGUGGUCCAUGAACGUGAAAGAUGUAUAGGAAUGACCGAUGCUGAAAGAGCUUGGAGGAAGCAGUGGUUGAAAGAUCAGAUCUUGGCUCCCAACGAGCCUGUUCACGUUGAAGAGUACUGGAAGGAACGCACCAACCCCAUCCGCCGCUUCUACCGCAAGCCUCUUGACGUACUCUUCAACAAAUUGACUCCAAUGCUGGGUCAAGAACGAGCCCAAGUGUACAGAUACCUGACCGGGAAAAUGAUUUUACUUGGAUUUGGUGUGCUAGCCACCACUUACUAUUUCAAGUACAAUGGGAAUGAUUGGACUAAGAAGGGUGGUUGGAGAAUACUCAGGACCAAGCCCACAGUGCUUCCCGGGCAGCCUGGUUAUCCAUUCAAAUCUACAAAGACAGACUCAGACUAUGCUGAAAGAGGAUUUAAGAGCUCUCCUAUCUAAACAUAUUCUGUAAACUGUAGUUAUUGUACAAAUUCAAUCACACAUCUACAGUCAGUGUAAAAUAUGCUUGUGGAUUUCCUGUAAUGGUUCUGUUAUAAUUUAUGGUAGUAAAUAAAACCAGACAUUAAAUUA